GACGAGCCUGGACUCUGGGCGUUGCGAGAAUCCGCCCUCGCUGCUCCGCCCCUUCCGCCCGAGAGCCGCCCAGCCCUCCCCGCGCCGCCCCUUCCGGUUGCACCCGCCGGCGUUACGAGCCCCGGGAGAGGCGGCGGGACAGGCCCUGGGGCCCCGCAGGAGAGGGGCGGGUCCGACAUCGCACUUGGUUCCACUGCGGCGCCCGGCACAGCACUGUAAGAUUGGUAGUAAAGACGUGAUUUUCACCAGACUUCAGCAACGCACGUACCUUUUCUCGUCUUUUCGGACCUCUGUCUUAUACUAGGAUGCAACAAGCUUUAGAGCUGGCCCUGGAUCGUGCAGAGUAUGUCAUUGAAAGUGCCCGACAGAGACCUCCCAAAAGGAAAUACUUAUCUAGUGGAAGGAAAUCUAUAUUUCAAAAACUUUAUGACUUAUAUAUCGAGGAAUGUGAAAAAGAGCCUGAAGUUAAGCAGAAAUUAAGAAGAAAUGUGAACUUGUUGGAGAAGCUUGUUAUGCAAGAGACAUUGUCAUGUUUAGUGGUCAACCUGUACCCGGGAAAUGAGGGAUAUUCUCUGAUGCUCAGGGGAAAAAAUGGAUCAGAUUCUGAGACCAUUCGAUUGCCUUAUGAAGAAGGGGAGUUGCUUGAAUACUUGGAUGCAGAAGAAUUACCUCCUAUUUUGGUUGAUCUCCUGGAAAAAUCGCAGGUUAAUAUUUUUCAUUGCGGCUGUGUCAUAGCAGAAAUACGUGACUACAGGCAAUCUAGUAAUAUGAAAUCUCCUGGUUACCAAAGUAGGCAUAUUCUUUUACGUCCAACAAUGCAGACUUUAAUCUGUGAUGUGCAUUCAAUAACAAGUGAUAAUCAUAAAUGGACCCAGGAAGACAAACUUUUGCUUGAGAGCCAACUGAUCUUAGCUACAGCUGAACCACUGUGUCUGGACCCUUCUGUGUCAGUGGCCUGCACCGCAAAUAGGCUGCUCUAUAACAAGCAGAAGAUGAACACACGCCCGAUGAAACGGUGUUUCAAGAGAUACUCUCGGUCCUCUCUGAACCGGCAGCAGGAUCUGUCUCACUGUCCUCCUCUUCCUCAGCUAAGAUUGCUUGAUUUCUUACAAAAAAGAAAGGAAAGAAAAGCAGGUCAGCAUUAUGACCUCAAAAUUUGUAAAGCAGGAAAUUGUGUAGAUAUGUGGAAACAGAGUCCCUGUAAUUUGGCUGCACCUUCUGAAGUGGAUGUGGAGAAAUACGCUAAAGUGGAGAAGUCUAUCAAAUCUGAUGACUCACAGCCGACAGUCUGGCCAGCCCACGAUGUGAAGGAUGAUUAUGUAUUUGAAAGUGAGGCUGGUAGUCAGUAUCAGAAAACAAAGCUGACCAUCAUGCAGUCACUUGGUGACCCUCUGUACUAUGGUAAAAUACAGCCAUGCAGAAAAGAGGAAGAGAGUGACAGCCAGGCGUCUGCAUCCCACUUCUCCACAGAUGAUCAUUCAAAUUGGUUCAUUAUUGGAUCAAAGACUGAUGCUGAGAGGGUAGUCAGUCAGUACCAGGAAUUGGUCCAGAAUGAAGCCAAAUGUUCAGUCAAGAUGUCACACAGCUCCAGUGGCUCAGCCGGUCUGAAUCAGCUUUCUCCAGGGAAAGAAACUGAACAGCCUGAGAGUGUGUCGGUUCAGUCUUCAGUGUUGGGGAAGGGAGUGAGACAUCGACCCCCCCCAAUCAAACUUCCCUCAGGCUCAGGAGGUAGUUCCUCAGGUAACUAUUUUACUGCACAGCAGGCAAGCAGCUUUCUUAAAUCUCCAACUCCUCCUCCUCCUACCAAGCCACCAGGUCUUUCUCGGAAGUCAUCUGUGGACCUCAGUCAGGUUGGCAUGCUUUCUCCAGCUGCCCUGUCACCUGCCAGCUCCUCACAAAGAUCUGGAACUCCUAAGCCAUCUACUCCUACACCAACCCCUUCAUCGACCCCACACCCUCCUGAUGCUCAGAGCUCAACUCCUAGUGCCCCUUCUGCCACCCCUCCUCCCCACGAUUCAGGCUCCACCCCUCAGCCCACUCUGUUAACUCAGUUUGCUCAGCAGCAAAGGUCUCUGAGCCAGGCAGUGCCUGUAACGACCAUUCCUCUCUCCACCAUGGCGACAUCCAUAACUGCAGGAGCCACGGCCACCCAGGGCACGGCCAACUCUGCUGGACUUAACUUCAUCAAUGUGGUGGGCUCUGUUUGUGGAGCCCAGGCUUUGAUGAGUGGUUCAAACCCCAUGCUGGGCUGUCCCCCUGGUGCCAUAACUCCUGCAGGAAUAAAUCUGAGUGGCCUUCUCCCCUCAGGAGGUCUGCUCCCAAAUGCACUGCCAGGUGCAAUGCAGGCACCUUCUCAAGCAGGUGUUCCAUUUGGUUUAAAAAAUACUUCAAGUCUCAGGCCCUUAAAUCUACUCCAGCUUCCCGGUGGCUCCCUCAUUUUUAACACUUUGCAGCAGCAGCAGCAACAGCUCUCUCAGUUUCCUCCGCAGCAGCCACCUCAGCAGCCCACAACUUCUAGUCCUCAACAGCUAGGGGAACAGGGUUCUGAACAAGGUUCAACCAGCCAUGACCAGGCCGCUGCUGUAAUUAACCUUACCGGAGUAGGGAGUUUCAUGCAGUCCCAGGCAGCUGUGCUGUCUCAGCUUGGCUCUGCCGAGAACAGACCUGAGCAAAGCCUCCCCCAGCAGAGACUCCAGCUCUCCUCUGCCUUUCAGCAGCAGCAGCAGCAGAUCCAACAGUUGCGAUUCUUGCAGCAUCAAAUGGCUAUGGCGGCAGCAGCAGCACAAACAGCUCAGCUACAUCAUCAUCGGCAUACAGGCAGCCAGUCAAAAAGUAAAGUGAAGAGAGGCACGCCAGCCACUCCUAAAUUCUGAGUUUUACCUUUUUUUCUUCUUUAAAAACACAAGAGCAUUGAAUCAAAAGGGUUUCUGAGUUUUUACUUUUUUUCUAAUGUUUCCAUAUUUUACAUUGCUAGAUGUACAGACUUUAUACAGAAGCACAACCCUAGUUUUUGAAAUAAAAACAGGGAAAUGGCUUAAGGAACUAGGGUUGGUUUGCCCACAUCAUUGCUUUUAAAAAAAUGGUUUCACUGUAUAUAACAUGUACGGAAGCAACCCAAGAAACUGCUAGAAACAUCUUUGAGAAGAAUGUAGUUUUAAUAUUUAUUUCAUGUAAAAGGUUUGUGCACAAUGUAACAAAUACAGUUUUUACAAAUCUGUUUUCAAAA